AUGGCUUCUCGCCGUGCCCUGGCCAAGCCAGCGGCAGCUGCACAACUGAUAUCAACCGCCUCCGCAAGACCGACGACCCCAUCAUUCCUCGCUCGCAAUGGCAUCCGAUAUACUAGCAGCUCUACUUCUGCAUUGGCCUACAAGGCCAUGCACCGUCGCUCACCUUUGAAACUCCCCGUGUCCGACAAUGCUCCUCAAUGGGACGCCCCAGCCGCCGUCUCUUCCAUCUUGUACGAGACACCACUGCCCUCUACAAACCCGCCCAAACGACACAUCCUGAACUGCCUCGUCCAGAACGAACCUGGUGUCUUGUCCCGUGUCUCUGGUAUCCUGGCCGCUCGCGGUUUCAACAUCGAUAGUCUGGUCGUCUGCAACACCGAAGUCGCGGAUUUGUCUCGCAUGACCAUCGUGCUCCGCGGUCUGGACGGUGUCGUCGAACAAGCCCGCCGCCAACUAGAUGACCUAGUCCCCGUCUGGGCCGUGCUAGACUACACCGAAGCGCCCCUCGUGCAGCGCGAACUCUUGCUCGCAAAAGUCAGCACUUUGGGCCCCGAGGCGUUCGAGGAGUUGCUCCAGCACCAUCGUGAAAUGACAUCUGAUGAUGCCGCGGGCGCUGAGAACGGUAAAAAUGGCACUGCCAUUGAGGACACGCACUUCCAUCCUCGAAAUAUCCCCGCUUCGCAGGCUCUCAGACAUAAGCAUGAGCAUCUUGAUGCUAUUACUCGUCUUACGCACCAGUUUGGUGGUAAGGUUUUGGAUAUUAGCACGAAUAACUGUAUUGUUGAGGUAUCCGCCAAACCAUCCCGUAUUGAUUCCUUCCUCAAACUCGUUGGUCCCUUCGGUAUCUUGGAAUCAACCAGAACAGGAUUGAUGGCCUUGACUCGCUCACCACUUACUGAAGUGACUGAGGAAGUUGAGAAGGAAGCUGCUGACGUCGUCGAUGCUAGCACUUUGCCUCCUGGUUAA